AUGGCCAUUUUACAGCAUACUUAUGUUUCUCUACAUGAAUCGACCUUCUGCAAAGAGCAUAAAACCGCAAUUUACAGCAUACGACUGUUACCGCCUCUCAGCAUCCCUUCUUCUACUAUGGAUAGGUCGAGCGAGUUCCCUAUGUACCGAGAAUUAGUCUCAUACCACGCAAAACUAGCCGCCGGGUUGGAUCUGCUAAGAAACAAUUGUUUACUAUGCUCGGUGAAUAGAACAGAGGACCCGCUCGGCGCCAAAUUUAUCUCUGAAACCAAGUAG